CGGUGGGGACGGAAGCAAAUGUCAACGGCACCGACGGCGUCGCAGCAACGCGACGACGCGGCGGAGAUUGCGUUCGCUCUUAGCUUGAUCCAGGCAGACCUUAUUUCGGCGAGCGAGACUGUCAGUCGGUCGUCUCUGGAAGAGUGGUGGGGCCGAAGAGCUCCGCUGCCAUCCGCCGCGACGACCGGGCCACGUGCCACAUCGAUCGUCGACACCUGGGUGGCAAAUGGAUGGAUCGAAGAGAUCAAACCUGUGUCUUUGUCUACGUCGACACCACCAACGUACUCCCUCCGCCUCUCGGCCCACGCGCUUGGACCGUUGGCAGCACGACCUCCUCGCAGAGCGGGAGACAACUCCGGCAUGUCUUUGCCCGACGACAGCACCUCCAUGCAUGCCAAAGCACGUAUGGGGGCGCUCUUCGACGCAACGUUCCCAUCCCUCGGCCCAGCCUCCAAGAAAUCCUUCACCAAACUACAUGACCCGACCGUGAUAUUGUACGCCACAAUGGGCCUUCAGUUGGUCGUGUCCGGGGCGGCGACAGUCGCGACGUUUUCUCGGGACAUGAAAUCAAUGGGCGUAGACAGUCAAACCCGAACGAUCGUGACGAAUUACUUAGCCAAGUCCAUCCCCACCACCAACUUGAUUCACCAGCCACUGCCCCACCACUCUCUCCGGCCCCUCGCUUGAUGGACCGACCCCCGGCUGGUACCUUUCCCCAUGUUUAUUUGGCUUGUUAGUCGUGCUCCGCGACGGUCUCAGUUGGAUGAACCAGUCGGGCAAGCUCCAGCGAGCUGACAAGGCCAAUAUCUUGGUGGAACGACAGCUUGAUGAAAGUCGCCAACGGUGGCGUCGACACGUAGCCAUUCAAGUAGGUGGCAAACUACAUCCAACCAUCAGAAUCAAACUUGUUGGAAUGAUCCGCAACUUGCUUGUGCCUCCC